UCAUAUUCAUACAUAUGUGUGUGUGUAUUAGCUUCUAAGUCCUCUUUGAACUCUGAAGCAAAGCGAACUACAUGGACGAUUCCUGGCGAAUGCGGAUGGGAAUGCCCAGCCUCCCACGUCGCCGUUCCAUGGAAGACGGGUCGGCCGGCCCCACAAGGCGUUCCAUGGAGGCCCUCGACCCCGACGACUUCGCAGACGUUUUCGGCGGCCCACCCCGCAGUGUUUUGUCCCGUAAAUUCUCUGGCGACUUCACUAGAUCAUCCACUUCUUUUUACGAGGAGAUUUUCCGCCAGCCGGAGGUUGUUGCUUCCGUGGAGAAGAAGAGUGCUGGACGGAGCUUGCCGGCUUUCAGGAUCCCAGCCAAGGGUGAAGAAUUCUACAGUGAUGUUUUUGGGUGGGAGGAGGGACGGAGAUCAAGGGAUAGAUCGAGGUCCAACUCUAAGGCUAAAUCGAAGUCUAACUCCUCUUCGGUGCUUAGUUCAGAGGAGCUGAGCCCCCAUCGUCGGCCGGUUACCGGCGAUGAUGUGGCAUUGUCUUCUUUUGCUUUGAAGCUCAGGCCAAUCAAUGUUCCAUGUAGGUGGAACUCCACCACAAUCAGACCUCAAGAACAAGCAGGGAAAGAAGAGAUGCUAUCUUUUCCAAGUAAUUUUCCUUCCUAUGCCGACAAUUAUUACGUGGAAAAUGACCGCAAUGACAAUUUCAGAAGCUCCUAUAUCAAAGUUUCGAGACAGGUGUCAUCCCCAGAAACCAUUAGUCUUGAACCAAAUUCGUAUCGAAGCAUCAAAGUAUCUGUGGAUGAUUUGGAGCUCAACUCCCCUUCAUCUCCUGUCUCUUCGCUUUGUCAAGAUCAGGAUGCAAGUGCUGGUAUACAUUAUAAUUUAAUGACAGAGGAAGAAAUGGAACAGGAGGAUGAUGAACUUAUGAGUUCUUAUGUCAUUGAGAUUAAUUCUGAUCACAGAGAAGUAGCUAGUGAAGCAAUUUCUAUUGAUGAGGCAAUUGCGUGGGCUAAGGAGAAGUUCCAGGUGCAAAGUUUUGACAGACAGCAAACGAAAGAUCCCUCAGCUGAAGUAGAAGAAAGGCCUAACACGCAUGAGUUUACAGGACAAGAAAUGGAUGGGCACGGAAGGAUGCAAUCUCCUACGGAAGAUGGGCUAAAGAAAUGGAGAAGUGAACAAGAAAUAGAAAAGUCAGAAAAAGAUAUGGAGCUGGAGUUACUGGAUGAAGAUAUACGGUUGUGGUCAGCUGGCAAGGAAACCAAUAUCCGCUUGCUGCUUUCAACAUUACAUCAUAUUCUGUGGCCCAACAGCGGCUGGUCCGCAACCUCUCUGACAGGCCUUAUUGAUUGCUCACAUGUGAAGAAGGCCUACCAGAAAGCAAGGUUGUGUCUCCACCCAGACAAAUUGCAACAAAGAGGGGCUACAUUACAACAGAAGUACAUUGCAGAAAAGGCCUUUUCCAUCCUCCAGGAUGCUUGGGCUGCAUUUAUCUCCCAAGAUGUCUUCUUUAAUUAGUAGACUGUUCAGGAUCCUUCUGGACCCAGUUUGUGAAGUAAGUUAGAAACCGAUGGCAAGCUAGUAGGAAUAAUUGAAGAACGGGGACAAAUCAUGUAUUCGAGAAUUUUGUAUGUCCAUCUGAUGCCUAACUUGCUUUCCUCUUCAAACCUAAAAGUUGAACAAUAUGAAGAUGAGAAUGAUAGUAUUGUUGAUAUCAGUUGGUA